UUUGAAAUGUCAAGUGUCAAAUAAAUAUCCCAAAGUCGGCGGGUUAACAAGAAUGGAUUUAUUGAUUGUGUUUAAAAAAGUUUUAAAUUAUUAAAAUAUAUAAUAACACAAUUUUCAAACAUGUUUACGCGUUCUAGAUUGUUUCUGUCUAAGGCCCUUUCUUUAAAAAAUGUGAUUAAUGUUGAAUAUCAAAAUGAUGGCCGAUUCCUUUAUAGCGUUGCAGCAGCACGAUAUCGUUCGACAACACCCUUAAAUACCAUUAUAAUGUUCGUACCACAACAAGAGGCUUGGAUUGUUGAGAGAAUGGGCAAAUUUCACAGAAUACUGGACCCUGGCUUAAACAUACUAUGGCCGAUUGUAGAUAAAAUAAAAUAUGUUCAGAGUUUGAAAGAAAUAGCCAUUGAUGUUCCCAAGCAAAGUGCCAUCACUUCGGAUAAUGUAACUCUGAGUAUUGAUGGUGUGCUGUAUUUGAGGAUAAUAGAUCCUUAUUUAGCAUCUUAUGGAGUUGAAGAUCCAGAGUUUGCUAUCACACAACUUGCUCAAACAACAAUGAGGUCUGAAUUAGGAACAAUAUCUCUUGAUAAAGUGUUUAGAGAGAGGGAAUCUCUCAAUGUGUCUAUUGUUGAUUCAAUAAAUAAAGCCAGUGAAGCUUGGGGCAUAACCUGCCUUCGGUAUGAAAUAAGGGAUAUAAAACUACCAUCUCGAGUGCACGAAGCGAUGCAAAUGCAAGUGGAGGCUGAACGACGAAAACGCGCCGCCAUUUUAGAGUCGGAGGGAGUUCGUGCAGCAGAUAUUAAUGUUGCCGAGGGUAAACGGCAAGCCCGAAUCUUGGCAUCUGAGGCGGAGAAGCAGGAACAAAUUAAUAAGGCGUCCGGAGAGGCGCAGGCGAUGCUCGCGAUCGCGGAGGCGCGCGCGCGCGGCCUGCAGCGCGUCGCCGCCGCACUCGGCGCGCCCGACAGCAAACACGCAGCGUCACUGACUAUAGCUGAACAGUACGUGGCGGCGUUUAACAAGCUAGCAAGAACCAAUAACACACUUAUUCUACCAGCUAAUGCGGGUGAUGUCUCUAAUGUUGUUGCUCAGGCCAUGUCAAUAUAUUCGACAGUAACAGCGCAUAAUAACCAGGUAUCACGUCCGCACGGCGAACCAAUUAUUCCAGAAAUAAUGUCUGAAGACCCACUAUUCAAAUUAAAUACGCUUAACGAGAGAGGCACAACCCUUGCAGGCCAACCGGUCCCUGAAGAAUCGAAUGACUUGGCGGAAUACUUCUCGGAUGAUGAAGAAAGAGAAAAAGCGUUACAGGCCCAAAAAGAAAAGAAAAAAUUACAAACCAUGGAAAAGGAAACAUAGGAUUGUUAAGUUUAGAGAUGCUUGUUAUUAAAUAAAAGUAUUUAAAAGUUU